GUUAUCACGCCGCGACUGAGAAACCUCUGCCCGUGAAAGUUCCGUUCCGGAAGCCUCGCGUGUCGGCCGUGUUUUUUCGUCGCUGGGACCGCAUUUUCCUUCUCUCUGUACAACGAUCGACAGUCGAAAUCACAGAGGUCCUCGGGCAAGUUCUGGACGAUCGUGAAAACGGACAAGUUUUAAUAGAAAUCUAAGAAGAAACAAUUUUCCCCGUGGUGGCACUAUUUAUUAUAUUCCACGAUGGAUUUGUUACUGAAAGUGGUUAAUGUUAAAGAUGAACGUCCUUGGAUAAACGUAUGAAACGAUCAAAGUACAUUGUGUCUUAUAACUGUUGAACGAAAUAUCAUCGACAUCAUUGAUGUGGAUGGUGUUGUUACUGACCGUCGUUCUGAAGAUUCUCCUAAAGAAAUUGCGAGGAUUUAAUCAAGUACCGAGAGAAACGCUGCGAAUCGAGACACCACCGACUUUUGUGUACCGAUUUAUUGGACUGUGAUAACAAAUUUCACUUAAUCGGCCACUUAUUCGAUUUCUACUUUCACAAAUCUGUGUGAAGAUACAGUUGAAUUUGACUUGACGUCGUUAAAAAAAAAGUGCGAGAAACUUGAUCAAUAGUUGAUAAAUCAAGAACGUUGUGAAAAAAGGAGUUUCUAAUGUGAGAAGGAAGUUGAUUGUGUUAUAUAUUUGGUUCUGAGAGGAACGUGUCAGGGAAACGUGAAUUAAUUAGUUGGAAGCAUGUGAUUAAAUGGCCGUGGCAGGAUCUUGGUAUCCUUUGAAGGAUCUACUAUGGGCAUCUGCCUGGACACUGAUCAACAAAAUGGAUCGCAGGUGUUCGAGGAAGCUGAUGCUCGAAGCGCGGGAAAAUGGCGGGGAGAGGCUGGCCUCUUGUCGACCCCACCAAACGGAUAUUUUCCCCAACAGAACGUUGGUGCAAUUAAAUUCGAAGUUCCAAAAGUGCCUGUCAUAUUUGUACUUGGUGGACCUGGUAGUGGAAAGGUGACACAUUGUGAUAAUUUGAUGCAAGAGAAAAAGGGCAUAACGCAUAUCAACAUGAUGGAUCUUCUACAACAAUACGCUCUAGGAAAUGAUAUGCAAGAUUUCGGGCAACUUAGCAGUAAAACCGUCGCGGAAGUGCUAAUGCUCGAAAUCAAGAUGUCUCCAGGUUCCAAAGUCUUUCUCGUUAGUGGUUAUCCACGUAAUAUGCGCGACGUAGUAGAAUAUGCUGAGAAAAUCAAAAUCGUGAAUGGCGUGAUUCUUGUGUCCUGGAGGCAGGAGAUUCUCGAAAGACAAAUCGAUUUUGGAGCACAACUUGGACAAGUAGUGAUCGAACUAGCGAGGAUGGAACUUUAUAAUUUUUACAGAAACGUUAUGCCCGUCGCGGAAUAUUUCGAUCAAAGCGGAAUGUUGAUAGAGGUGAACGGAGAAAGAAAUCCAAGCGAAGUUUACGUCGAUUUUCGCGAAGCGGUUUACAAAAUUCUUGGCUUGUCGAGCGGCGAAGUGCAAGAAAAAAAUGUUCCUCAACCGUUAGAAGCAGAAGUAGAAGUUGAGAGAAGGAAAGAAUCUAUUCCAAAAUCAUCGUCUCCUAGGAAAGAAGCGAUAGCUGAAACGCAAGUACUUGACCAGAUGAACGUGAACCCUGUAAAAACCGCGGAUAAACCCAGAAAAGGGCUACCUGCGUUCAUCUGGGUUAUAGGUGGCCCAGGAAGCAACAAAGAAAACUUAUGCACCCAGGCCGUUCGUAACAUGCCAGGUUGGGUUCAAGUCAGCAUCGGUGGAUUACUUAGAACAAUGGCAUCGUCGAACACUAUCGUCAACGAUGCCAUCGUUUCUGGAGAAAUGGUCCCGCAAGAUAUUGUAAUACAAGUAGUAGAACAACAGAUUAUGCUAAACCGCGACACAGAUGGUAUAAUAAUUGACGGUUAUCCGAGGGACUUGAAUCAAGUACAAGAAUUUGAAAAUAAGUUUGGUCAGCAACCACCGUUAGUAUUAUUGGACUGUUCGAAAUUGCAACUUGGGAGAGGAAGAAUAGAUGAUAAUGUUUCUGCAUUUAGGAAGAGGCUGGAACUCUUUCGCGAAGUAUCUUUACCUAUGUUGAAAACUUUGGACAACGAAAAUCGCUUAACGAUUAUCGAUGGCGACACCGACGUACCAAGCGUGCAACAAGAAUUUUCCGCUGCACUUUAUCAAUUAAUGACGCGAACGCGUCGCAAAGGAGAAAAUAAUGUACAGAGUCCUAAACUAGAUGUAAUGCAAGAAAAUGGGAACAACGCGAAACUGAAUACGGUAGUCCCUGACAAUAGAGAUCAGCCGAUCGUACCAAACGGCGUUUCUAAGCAGAUGAUCGACGGUAAAUUAAACGUCAAGGAAGCACUUACUGCUAAGAAGAAUAUAAAUGGAAUCAGCAUACAAGGGGCAGCACGAAUUGCAAAUGGAUUGAAGAAUACCGCGAGACAAGCUCAAAAAAACGGCGCUGCUCGUAUGCAAAAUGGCAUUGCAAACGGUACCGCGCACAUGUUGCAAAACGGCGUGGCACAUCUGGCCAACGGAAUUAUAUCGGGCAACAACAAGGUUGCACCGGCGGUCCAAAAUUAUUUGCCGAACAAUGCGAAAGACGCCGUGAGAAAAAUGUACAACGAGGUCGAAGGUUACCAAGAAAAUUUACACAUGUAGUUAAUUGCACGUGUAAUAUCGUUCGGAUGAAAAAAUGAAAAAGGAAAAGAGGAUAGUUUUAAUUUAUCCUACUAUCUUUUUAUAACUUAAGAGUUGACCAUGUUAAUGUCUACGAAAUUAAGCAAACACCCGAGGUUUUAUCUCUGAUAAAAUAUAUAUAUAUAUAUAUAUAAUAUGUAUAUUACACGUAUUAUCAUACGUAUGUAUGUAUAUUACUAUAGUAUUAUUAUAGUAUAUUAUACGUAUUAUAAUACUAUACCGAAUGUUUCCGGCGUUUCCUAGAUAGAUUGCAUAAGUAUAAUUUAUAAAUAAAAAUAUAGAAACGAUUAUAUAUGAAGUUUUUGUCUAUAAAUGCUUUGUUAUGAUGCAAGAAAAACUUUAGUGCCACAGAUAAAUAGAAGUGCCUUUAAACUUUAUAUUACAAGAGUCUUCAAAUGAAACUAAAUCGUUUCCAGGCAGAAAAAAACAUACAAUGAAAAAUUGCUAUUUAAUUGAUGUUGUGUAUGUAUCUAUAACUUUCCAACAUCAAAGCAUUUAUAGCUGAACUUCAUGCGAUCGCUGAUUUUCUCACUGGCCGCAGUACAUCGGGAAAAUUCGGAAACAGUAUGUGUAAUAAUACAUUCGCAUUGUGCCUUAAGCAACUACGACUUAAAUAGGAUUAAAGGAAGGAUUUAAGAGGAAAGCCAAACGCAAAAAAUAUAUAAAUUU